AUGUCUGCCUCAACAGCACCUAAGACCUCCGUGCCAAUUGCACUUUCCGCCGAGGCAGUCGACGAUCUGAUCUAUGAUGCCCGAGCAGGCGACCUCGAGGCCUUGAACGCCGACAUUGCAGUCCUGGCCAGCCAGCACAACUGCAAUGAGUCCCAAAUUGUGGCCUCUGCCAUUGAUACCGCAGAUGAGAGUGAGGGCGGCUCUGGAUCAUGUGUCCUGCACUUCCCCGCUGCUAACGGAAAUGCCGAAAUCCUCACCACGCUUCUUCAAAAACUAUCUUCCGCAGACGCAGCCCAGCGCUCUGCAUUCAUCAACCACCGCAACAACUCUGGCAACACGCCUCUGCACUGGGCUGCGCUGAACACGCACCUGGAAUGUGUGAAGGCGCUCGUCGAGGCCGGUGCAGACCUCGAUGUGAAGAACGACGCCGGUCACGACGCGGUGUUCCUCGCUGAGCGCACUGCUUGGGCUGCUGUCGAGGAUAACGGCGAGGCUGAAGAUGAGAACGCCGAGACUCAGGAGAUUGAGAUGACUGUUGGUGAGACUGAGGGCGAGGAUAAGUCUGCUGAGGGCCCUGGCGAGAUGUCUGCAGGCAGACAAGUUGUUGAGUGGCUUUUGAACUCGGAUGUUGCUGCUAGUCUGGAGAAGGGCGCUACCGAGGGCGAGGCUAGUGGAUCUGCUUAA